CAGAAGGCAGUCACAGAGCGAAGACUUCCCCUCUCACCAUUUCCAUGGCCGGAGACGAACCCCCACCUCUCUCGGACUCAGACCCACACCAACAUCAAACCCUAAAACCACCAUCGCCAUUAAACCAGAAAAUAUCGGCUCAAAAAAGAGGUGAAGAUGCAGCAAAUGAAGCCAUGGAUAAAGGAGGAGGUUCAUCAGAGUCGGAUUCUGAAGAAGGAGGAGAGAGUGGUGGAAUUUGGGCCCAAAUCAAAUACGAAGCCCUCCAAGACGCGGAGGCGGAGCCAGCAUUGGCAAGUUAUCUAUACUCGACUGUGCUCGUCCACCCCACACUGGAAAGGUCCCUCGCAUUUCAUUUAGGGAACAAGCUCUCCUCUCCAUUGCUCCUCCCGUCCUUGCUCUACGACCUCUUUCUCGGGGCGCUUUCUGCUUCUUCCACUCUCCGUGCUGCUGCCCGUGCUGAUCUGAGGGCGGUGCGCCUCCGUGACCCGGCCUGCCGCUCCUUCAACCACUGUCUCUUGAAUUAUAAGGGUUUUUUAGCAUGUCAGGCCCACAGGGCGGCCCACCGGCUGUGGUCGCAAGGUCGCCAUUCACUGGCACUCGCCCUCUCCUCCCGCGUUUCCGAGGUAUUUGCUGUAGACAUCCAUCCUGCCGCCCGCAUUGGCCUGGCCAUUUUGUUCGACCACGCGACUUCUGUUGUGAUUGGGGAAACCGCUGUUGUGGGCGACCAUGUGUCGAUUUUGCACCAUGUGACGCUUGGCGGGACGGGAUUGGAGAAGGGGGAAAGGCACCCGAAGAUUGGGGAUGGGGUGUUGAUAGGUGCAGGAGCGACGGUGUUGGGGAAUGUGAGUGUGGGGGCGGGGGCAAAGAUCGGGGCAGGGUCGGUAGUGUUGACGGAUGUGCCUCCAAGGACAACUGCAGUCGGUAAUCCGGCAAAGGUGGUGAGGGGGCGGGACGGGGCAGCAUCGAGGCUCAAUGAUGUGCCGGGGGAGUCCAUGGAUCACACAUCGUUUAUAUCAGAUUGGUCAGAUUAUGUCAUCUAGGAGAAUUCUUCAAUAGGUGCUGUCAUUCUCUAUCAUUUCCUUGUGUUUUCUCUCUGUAUGUCUCUCCCUCUCUCUUCUCUGCUGCUCUAUGUGUCUCUUUUCCAAAACUCUUUCUCUUUCUCUUAUUCCUCUCUCUGUGUACAAUCUGCAUGUGUUAGCUUUCCCCCUGACUCUUCUAUGUUUCAUGGGAACUUGGUAAAAUCUGUGUAAUUGUUUACUCAAAUGGCUUUCGCUUGUAGUAUAAAAUCAUCUUUGCAUGGAUAAACUUGGUUAAUUAGAUGCAUAGAAAUUCUGAGGCCUCAAAACUUAUCGUCUAUAUUUUUUAUUGGAUUGAGGUUUCAUUCUGUUCGAUAUUGUGCGAGAUGGUUUAAGUGGAAUGCCAAAAAAAAAAAAGGCAAGGGUAGGCCGAAAAGGACAUGGCUAUAGUUCAAGUAGAAGUUCAAGUGGAAGGC